AUGAAACUCCUCGCCCUUAUCCUAGUCUUUCUGUUCGCCAUCCUCACUACCGCGACCCCCCUCGCCCUCCCCUCCGACACCCCCGCCGACACCCAAGGCAGCAAGCCCAAACACGACCCCCUCACCCAAACCCCCGCCCACGAACGCCGCGGCGUAGCCUACAACGACGUCGCCUACAACAAGCUCUUCCAAGGCGAUGGAACCCACGUAACCUGGCGCUUCAACUGGGACUCCUCAUCCGCCCUCUCACCUGCCUGGUUCCGCUUCAUCCCCAUGCUGCAUUCACUGCGCGACGAUCAUACGGGAAGGUGGAAAGACAAUGCCGAGGCGAUGGCGAGGAAGAAUUUCGAGGAUAAUGGGUUCGCGACGUGGUUGAUGGGGUUUAAUGAGCCGGAUAACUGCAUUCCUGACGCAGGCGGUUCUUGCAUCGACGUCCCCACCGCCGUUGCUGGUUGGAAGAAACACAUGGAACCGUUGUCCAACUUCAACAGCGCGAUGUAUCUCGGUUCGCCCGCUGUCACCAAUGCCGCAGCCUCUGAUACCACAGGUCUGGGCUGGCUAGCCAAGUUCAUAGAAGCCUGCGAUGGAUGUACCAUUGACUUCAUCAACAUCCACUGGUACAACACCCUCCCCAACUCCGCCCAAAACUUCAAAGACCACAUCGCCAACGCGCGCAAAGUCGCCCGCGGCCUCCCCAUCUGGGUCACCGAAUUCCGCGCCGAAGGCACCGACGACGAGAUCAGGGCGUUCCUGGACGACGUCAUGCCGUGGAUGGAUAACUCGCAGGAUAUCCAUCGUUAUGCGUAUUUCAUGGCGAGACCGGGUAAGGGUAUGUUGGUUAAUGAUGCGGGGGAUGGGUUGAGUGAUAUUGGGAAGGAGUUUGCGUUUUUUCAUAAGCAUGAGAGUGAGAAGGAUGGGAAGGGGAAGAGUGCCGGGAAGGGGUGGGAUGGGGGGAGGUGGUGGGAGGAGGGGAACGUCCUCUUCACCGGCGGUACCAUAGCCGGCGGCUCCAUCUACGGCGCGCUCGACGACACGCAAUACGGGCAGCUCAGCCAAACAGGCGAAGACAUCAUAGCACGCAACCCGUACCUGCUCAACAACACGCAACUCGCCGUGUCCAACUGGACCACAGAAGACGAUGGCUCCACCGGCACAAACGACGCUCUAGUCAUGAACAUGACGCGCUUCGCACACGACGCGCUAUGUUCACCCGACAGCGACAUCGUAGGCGCUGUAUACACGCACGGCACGAACUCGCUCGAAGAAACAGCUUUCCUCAUGGACUCACUCGUCAACUGCGGGAAGCCCAUUGUGGGGACAGGCAGCAUGCGACCCUUCACCCACCUCUCCUGGGACGGAGAAGCGAAUUUCUUCGACGCGGUUAUGUUGGCUGCGAGUCCUGAGUCAAGGAAUAGAGGACUUAUGGUAGCGUUCAACGCACGCAUCAUACCUGGGUAUUGGGUAACGAAAUUGCAUUCGACUAAUCCGGAUGCUUUUGGUCCUACGUCUGGUGGUGAUUUGGGUAUUUUCAUCAACAGUUUGCCGGUUUUCUUUAAUACGCCGAGUCAGCCGCUGUGGAAGUAUUAUUUCGAUAUUGGGACUGUGAGUGCGUAUCCGACGUAUCCGACGUUGCCGAAAGUGGAUAUACUCUACGCGGCCCGCGAGUUCGAUGGCAAGCUGCUACUGGAUGCGCAUGCCAACGGCGCAGACGGUGUCGUCAUUGCCGGCACAGGUAACGGCGGUGUGCCGAAUGGCGGAGACGAGAUUACCGAGGCGCUGGAGAAAGGGCUUCAAGUCGUUGUUGGAACGCGCAGUCCGCAUGGUCCGUCUAGUCCGGCGCGGACACCGACCUUUGCGAAGUCGGGAUUUGUGCAUCCUAUUCAAGCGAGGAUUAUGCUGCAACUGGCGAUUGCGAGCGGGAUGAAUAUGAAUCAGACGAUUGAUGUGUUUGAAGGGGGGUUUAGGAAGGCUAUUGGACAGCCUUGGAGUCCGGGGAGUUGA